AUGUUUAAUUUCAUUGGAUUCGUCGAAUAUGAAGGUGUUGGGCGUAUAUGGUCUGCAGAUAGACUUUCAAUAUUAUGUAAUGUAGAAAAUGAUGACGGUAUCCAACAAAUUAUGAUGGACGUUAAUAUUUUAACCAGUAAUGGGAUUGUAGUUGAAGAGAGUCAACCAGUUAGAUGUACUAAAUCACCAGUUCAAGACAAUGAACCAUCUUUUUCCGAUACAACUCAAGAUGUAUUUAUAUGGAACAAAAAACUUGUGACUUUGCUCAUUGAGACACGCAUCGAAAUGGACACUUGCUUCCAAGGAAAUAAAUGUAAAAAAAAUGUUCUAUGGACAAAAGUGGCUGAAAAAUUAAAUACAUCAUUUCCAAACCAUGCACCUGUUAAUGCUGAUAAAUGUGACUCGAAAUGGAGAAAUCUGUGGGUUACUUACAAAGCUAAUGUGAAAAAGUCAAAUUUAUCAGGUAGAGACAGUGUUACUUGGGAAUAUUAUGAUCUCAUUGAUGAGCAAUUUGGAAACAAACCUAAUGUAAGGCCUCCUUCAAAUACAAUAAUAAGUACGUUAAAUUCAUCUUAUACUCUUAACGAAGAUGGUCGUCAUUCAGAAUCCUCUGAUAUACUUGAUAAAUCUCCUGGUCAAUCUGAUAGUAUAAGAAAUACUAAGCAUGAUAUUUCAAUAAGAGAAACCAGACAAGAGAGUCAUAAAAGGUUGAAGACUGGAUAUGGAAUGGCUGAUUAUAUAAAUUUGAAGAAGAUAGAACUUGAAAGUCAAAAUGAAAUCCAAAAAAAACUAUUGGCCCUCAAAGAAAAAGAGAUAGAAGCAUUGUGUACAAUGUCUCAAGCUGUCAAGACUAUGGCUGACAAAGCAAACAACAUAUUAUGA